AUGGGCCAGAGUUACAACAGAUUGCAGAAAAAGUAAUCCUUUGUCACCUCUGUCCUCCAUAUGUGAGGGAUAAUUUGUACUUUGAAAGUUCUAAGUGCGCUUUGUAGUUAACGUUUGAUUCUUUUGUUAGUUCUAAGCGCGCUCUGUAGUUUACGUUUGAUUGUUUUGUUGGUUUUAAGCGCGCUUUGUCGUAAGUGUUUAAUUGUUCUGUUAGUUCAAAGUGCGCUCCGUUGUUUACGUUUGUUUGUUUUGUUAGGCCUAAGCGUGCCCUGUAGUUUAUGCUUGAUUGUUUUGUUAGGUCUAAGCGCGCUCUGUAGUUUAUGUUUGACCGUCUUGUUAGGUCAAAGUGCACUCUGUAGUUUACGUUUGAUUGUUUUGUUAGGUCUAAGCGCGCUCUGUAGUUUAUGUUUGAUCGUCUUGUUAGGUCAAAGUGCACUCUGUAGUUUACGUUUGAUUGUUUUGUUAGGUUUAAGCGCGCUCUGUAUUUUAUGUUUGACUGUCUUGUUAGGUCAAAGUGCACUCAUUAGUUUAUGUUUGACUGUCUUGUUAGGUCAAAGUGCACUCUGUAGCUUAAGUUUGAUUGUUUUGUGAGGACUAAGCGCGCUCUGUAAUUUACGUUUGAUUGUCUUGUUAGUGAUAGGGGCGUUCUGUAAUUUAUGUUUGAUUGUCUUGUUAGGUCUAAGCGCGCUCAGUAGUUUUUACGUUUGAUUAUUUUGUUAGUUCUAAGCGCGCUCUGUAGUUUGUUUGACUGUCUUGAUAGGUCUAAGCGCGCUUUGUAGUUUACAUUGGAUUGUUUUUUUAGUUCUAAGCGCGCUCUGCAGUUUAUGUUUCACUGUCUUGUUAGGUCUUAGCGCGCUCUGUAAUUUACGUUUGAUUAUUUUUUUAGUUCUAAGCGCGCUCUGUAGUUUAUGUUUGACUGUCUUGUUAGGUCAAAGUGCGCUUUGUAGUUUACGUUUGAUUUUUUUGUUGGGUCCAAGCGCGCUCUGUCGUUUAUGUUUGAUUGUCUUCUCAGUUCUCAGCGCGCUCUGUAGUUUAUGUUUGAUUGUUUAAUUAGUUCUAAGCGCGCUUUGUAGUUUAUGUUUGAUUGAUUUGUUAGUUCUAGGCACACUCUGUAGUUUACGUUUGAUUGUUUCACUAGGUCUAAGCGCACUCAGUAGUUUACGUUUGAUUGUUUUGUCAGUUUUUAAGCGCGCUCUAUAGUUUACGUUUGAUUGUUUCGUUAGUUCUUAGCGCGCUCAGAAGUUUACGUUUGGUUGUUUUGUUAGGUCUAAGCGUGAAUAGAAACGAAUUUUUUAUUCUUUCAUGAACACUAUUUAUGGAAGCUAGAAAACGCAACUGAGUAACCCAAAUCUUUCGGCUGAUGCCAGGUCAAGUCAGAGCGUCGGUCUACAAAUAGCAUAAAAAAGUACUGAGCUUAGUCAAAUACAAAAACAUACGUUGAGCUUUCUUGUGAAAGGGGGUGUUUUUUUUUUGUAUUUAAAUAGCAAUUCCUAUCAACAGAGUAACACGUGUCUCCAAAGAUUGUUAUAUUUUCGAUCAGUUGCAGGACAUUUUGAUGGCCGAAUUGCAUUUCCAAUCUACCUUUUUUUUUCUUUUCUAAGUGAAGCAGAACUUGCCUUGCCUUAAAAGUCAAUUGGGUGAAUCAAGAACUUCACAAAACCUUUUAUAGCAUCAGGGUUAUAAAGAACUGUUUAACUGAAAAGACUUCGACACAAUUUCAAAGUUUGCCUUGUGAAAGGAAAAACAUGCAUCCUUCUCAAUCAAAUAUAACGAUUCUGAGCAAUUCAUCUAAUAAGUGACUUCAACACAAAUUAAAGAUGUGUUGUGGCUUACUGAUUUUCCUUUUUUUUUUUCCUUUAUUUCUGGAUGAAAAAAUCCGGUCUUGAAGAACAUACGCAGUUCGAAGAUGAAAGCUGUUAUUUAGGUCUUGUUCUUCACCAAAUCAUUUGAUGUUUCAUUAAAAAAGGUGCGCUUCUCUCACUGACGGAACAUCUUGCUAAACAGGCACUUCCGUAACUUUGCAUUCUUCAUAUACCAACCCCUACAUGAAAGCUAUUUUUUAAUAUAAAGAUUUAACUCAAGAUUCACUCAAAACUGUUUCACAUAUCAGUAUGGUAAUUAAUUCGUUCUUUCUGUUUCUAUACUAAGGUCAUCUUGUCGUUUACUAUCCUUUAAAUGGAGAAUUUAAAGCCAGAGAAAUUGACAAUAAGCAGCCAGCUGGAGUUUUAGGGCAGGUGGAGCUCACAACUGGACCCCAUGGAGAAACCAAUGGAUCCUACCAGUUUUCAGGCAACCCAAACAGUUUCAUAGAGUUCCCAAAUGACGGAGGACUAGACACCCUACACUCUAUAACGCUGAUGUGCUGGGUUCAGCCCGGUGGUCGAGACGGACCGCUCUUUAACUACAAGAACUCCGGAGCUUGGGGAGUCCAUAUUUGGAUAGUUAACGGCAAGUUCUUUAACAGGAUCACCAAAUACCCAAAUCAUGCGUUUUUCGAUGCCAUAUUGACUGAUCAGGUACUUCCAGUGGGACAGUGGGCCCAUGUUGCGGCAACUUAUGAUCACAUCACUGGAGUCAACUCUUUGUACGUCAAUGGCCAUUUGUCUAAAACAGAAUACAUCGGCACGACGGAGAGGAUAUCAACGAACGACGGGCAGGUUCGAAUGGGCGUUAAGAUUGGCGACUCCAGAUACUUUAAUGGCAAAAUAGCUCAGUUGAAAGUUUAUGACGAUGCGUUAGAUGAAGUCGAUAUAAAAGCUGCCAUGAAUGAAGGUAAGGUGCAGUUA